CCCGCCCACGCACUCCGCCCGCCUUAAUGGCCUUUGGCUAGCUGUCUCUCACCCAGCGCACCGCAGCGCUACCAUGGCUCCCAUUCAAUCGACCGAAUUCGACCUGUCCAAGUGCUUCAAGGGCGAGCAGCAGCUUGUGACCUGGGAUAUCGCUUACCGCGCCCUUUGCGAACCCGAAACCGCGUCGAGAAGCGAAGCAUUGCGCGACUUCCUUACCGCGAAAGAGAACGUUGAGAUCCUCAGCCGACCCUGGAAACCGUUCGCAGAGCCAUCGCCGCAAGAGAAGAGCAGGUUUGAAUCGAAAACCGCACCAAUCAGCGUAACGCCCACCCAGAAUGGUCAUUACAACCUAGACGAGAUCAAGGAGGAUAGUCUGUGGUUGUCGAAGGAGGCGCAGAUAUCAGAGUAUGCAGCGCUGCAGCUGGUCGCGCAAGAAUGGCAGAGCAGGUCGACUGUUCAGCUGCUGAGUGGGCUGACAGAAGAGGAGGCUUUGAGCGUGCAGGAUGCUGCUGGUCUUGCCAACUUUAGCGCAUCUACAUUCGUCCCAAACUCGUCCAUCCUCACGACACCCCUCGCCGGAAGAUCCACACAAUUCGAUACCCAAGACCAGCGUCGAUUACGCAUCGUCGAAAUCUACCAUUCCACAUGCGCCUCUAUCAUCCGCAUCAGUCAGCUUCUCAUCUCGUGGGGCGCUGCACCACAGCUGCGCAGCCAGACCAUCUACGGCAACGAUUACCACACAGUAGGUGCUGGAUGGAUCGAAGAGCUCGGCCAGAAGAUUGCAACGGCGCAAGCUGGCGGUCCCGCGACAGCGUUAGACCAAUGUUUGCAGGCUGUGAAGAAGAGGUGUGAAACCAUCGAUGGAGGUUACUCAUGGGAUGUAGCCGAGUCAAUCAUCGAGGCUGCAUCGGAAAAAUGGGUGACGGCGCAGACUGUGGAGCUACUGCAUCUACUGCAUCUAGCGCAUGUGCAUGCUGAUGUGGUGACAAAGGGCUUUGUACCUGCUGCUACCGUCGAGGACUGGCUCACCACUUUCAACACACGUGGUUUCUUCAGGGAAUUUCCAGUUGUCACACCCCGCCAAGAGCCACUGGUACCCGUCAUCCAAUUGCUGACCUCACUCGUCUCCUUGUCGAUUUUGAAGAUCGACCUCAUUGUGAAUGACCUUGACUCAGAUGACUGCAAGAACUGGGAAACAUCGUCCUACAUCCUCAACACCGGCGUUGUGGAGACCAUCACCAAUCUCUUCGGCGAAGCUCGAAUCUUAGGUCCAAGUCCUGCAACACCGCCAAUGUUUGCUUGGGCAAUCUUGACCUGGAGGCUCAACAACAGGGCGACUCUCGAAGAGCAGGAACGCGAGCAUUUACUCGAGUCGCCCGACGCAUCACGAAGGCCCCUUCCUGAACCGUCUGCGAUUGAAGAGUCAGCCAUGAUUAUCGGUCGCCUUGAAGGUUCUGAGCUCUUUGACGGCAAGAUUCCAUACCAGGAACUCGCCGAGGCUAGUUCAGCGGCCGGUGUUAUGGCCAUCAUAGAUCAACUGGUUGACACUGGUCUAUCAGCGUUCGGCACCUCAGUUGAUCAGAUAUCGCGCGAUAGACUUCGAUUGUCAUUCCUGCAACUCCUUCGCGCUGCACUCGGCAGUGAAGUUGUCGUCUACAGCCCGGACCUUAUCGUUACAGCGUACUCGAUCCUUGGAGGUGACAGAUCGUUCCGUGCCUGGGCUGGCAAAGAUACUCUACACCACGCCGAUCCUGUCGUCUCGUUCUUCCUGGAAGACGAAGACGUCCUGAGGCCACUUCUUCUGAAUGAAGCGCGCCUUCGCUACCCUUACGAGUCGACGCCUUUCCUGAAGUUUUUCAGUGUGCUCACCCGUGGCGACAAGACAGUCCAGAAUGGACUACCAACCUUCGUCGAAAAGCUUACGGAGACCAAUCAGCUAAUGCAACGACUGCCGAUUGGGUUUGCAGGGUACGCGCUGACACGUGAAGAAGAGAACGCGAACUGGGUCGAGCUUACUGCAGAUCUGCCUCUGUUCUCCUCCGGAUCAAUAUCAAGCUUCCAAAGUCAGCGCCGCCUGUUGACCUCCUCAAGCACGGCACGCAGUGAAGGUCUCAUGACCAUCCCUGCCGGUACAGAGGGUAUCAUUGUCGAUGACAGUGAACAACCAUACGUGGCGGUCUGGCACUAUCAGCACUCGACCCUGACAUACCUGGUUCAACUGCUCUCAUCGUACCCUAGUGGAAGCGGUAGGGUCGAAUACACCACUCAAGAGCCUGCCUCAAGAGAGAACGCUGUCGAGAUAGUCGGCCUCUUUGCAGACCUGUUGCACUCCUCACUCCAGUCAUCUGAGGGCGUCUGCUCAGUUGAAUUGCUAGAAGCACUGAGCAUCAAUACAGACGGCACCCAAGACACUGUCAACAUCGUGCUAGCUGUUUUUGAGGAGGAACUGCUCCGGCUGUGCCAAGAGCCAGGCAAUGAAGCCUCGCUUGAGCUACUUGUGAACUGCACCCACUUUCUCGAGGCUCUUGUGCUCAUCGCACCGAGCAGAGUCUGGCCUUUUCUGGCACGAAGCCGAUUGCUCGAAGGAGACGGCAACGGUGGCAGCCUUGCCGCCAUUCUCAUUGGCACUGAGAUGGUUCUUGGUCGAUACGACUUCCUCAUUGGCUGCAUACGGCUGUAUGAUAGGCUAGUGACGGAUGCUGUCGACUGUUCUGUCGCUCGCAAGAACCCGAGCAAAGCUCUCAGCCGUUUCAAUGCUUCUAAUGUGGCAGAAAGUGGCACUUCUGACAAGAUCAUGAGUACCACGCUUUUCACAUACGGCCGCACGCUUGCUAGCAUCUACGAAAGCUCGCUGAGCUGGAAGUACACACGUCCGGAUCACCGCCCAGAGAUAAACAUCGCGAUCUGCGACGUGUUUACUAAAAUCUUGAAGCUCGCUCACGGUGUGGACGAUGCGCCACAACUGUCCGCCAAGCUCACAAAGCUUGUUGCGCCUAUCGCAGAAUACAUCACCCAGUUGUAUCUGACCAAGUCUGAGAGCAACCUGCCGACAAAUCCUAUUCUGGCGUCACUAGUCAUUGGAGCUGGUUCUGAUGGUUCGACUUUGCUCACCAGCUCCGCAGCGCUCUGGAAGCAACAGACCGAAUCUACCUUGCUUUUGGCCAGUACUUUAGUGCGAGUAGCCUUGCUACUGAACAAAUCAUGGACGCACCUGGAGCAACAACUGUUCAAGGCCACACCACUACUUGCGCGCCUAUACGCUACUAGCGAUAGAUGGAAGUCUCCUGUAGUGCGGCUGUUGGAAACUCUUGUCAGAGGCGCUGUUCGAGUUACAGAGUCACAAGAGUCUAACGGCUCGGCUGACCAGCAAGAGCCACCAUCUCUGCUUGGUCAUCUCGGCCCUCGCACCGCGAAGAACUUCUUGAGUGUCCUUUCCGAGCUUGACGAACCACUCAGGAUAGUCGACAUUCAGACGGACGUGUGGAACUUACUCUCUGCUGUGGUCACAUGCAAACAGCAGUGGUUCUCGCUUUACCUGCUAACUGGCAACACGCCAAAGGAGUCACUACGGACGAAGUCCAAUUCCGCGGCUGUAUCAGGCCACAAGGCACUUCUCACAUGGGCGAUAGAAUCUGUUUCUAACAUGAGUCUGCCGACUUCCAGCACUGCAAGUCUCUCCUGGCCCUUAUACACAGCAAUGCUCGAGUUCAUCACGUCAGCUCAGAACAACUGGUCCUGGGCGAUGGGCGAUCUGCGCAAGCACAAGAAUCUCAUCCACAAGUUGCUCGAAUUCCUGUCCUGGAUGACCAGACAGCUCAAAAAUCCCAGAUCGAAUGCGGAGAUUCUCCAACGCUCAUACCAAAACCAAUUCGCAUCCUUAGCCUGCGAGGUGCUUGCAAUGUACCUGCACAGCUCACGACAGUUUGGUGAUGUCACACCGCUCAAAGACGUUGUUCCAGCCCUGGCAUACCUCGAAGACAACGCUUUGCAGCUUCCAGCUUACAACGUCUCACUACACGGUAACCUUAGGCAGAACCUUGAGCGACAAUUCCCUGGUGUCACAUUGGCCAACUUCAAGCGAACUGCAUUGUAUCCUGAGUCAUUCGGCCGAAGCUUCUUCUAUGACGUCGAGCUUGCCGAGCAGCUCCUCGACUUCGACAGCAGGUGGGCAGGGCCUCGAGAAGGUACUGGCUUCGUCAAUGAGGUUGAGAAAGCAAACUACAAUCUGGGCUUGGUCGAAUCUCAGGUUCAGCUAUUGCAAAGUUGGAAGCUGCUUGCACUUGAACUAAGCCACUUUGUAGGCAAAGAUGAGCGACUGGUGCAGGUCAUCAUCGGUGUUGUCAGGAGGUCAAUGAAGGCUAACGCGGAAAGCAACUUGCCAGAGGAGUUGUUUGGUCAGCUCAAUGUUCUCCGGGCUGAUCUGUCAUUCGGUCUACUUAAGAAGUUGGUUGAAGCCAAGAUCCACACAGCAGAGGCACGACAGCUACUUGCUCCUGUAUGGAACGCUAUCCGGGCGUCCACUCCAGACUUCGACAACGCAUUCUGUAGCGAUGCAGUCCACUACUAUCGCUCCCAGCUGCGAAUCCUCUAUCUUGCUCUGCAACCACACCUCAUCGAACAAACGGAACAGAACGGAGAAGCCGACUUCCGCUCCAGCUUCCGCGGCACCAUGCCUGCGAGCCACAAGACCCUCGAAACAUCGAGCUCCACCCUCCUCCUCGAGAUUCUUUCCGACACCAUCGCAAAGGGCUUCCGUAGUCUAGCAACCCAGCUGCAUGCCGACCCGUCCACUGUCUCGCCCUCAGACUUCGCUCUCCUCACGGCCAUCCUCCAACGCAUAAUUGCUAUUCCCGAGAUGGCCAAAUGGCAGACUCAGGCUGCGCUCCUCUUCGCCAACAGCAGCAUUAUCCGUUACGCUACCAGCCUCUUCUCUUGGUCCGAUCGCCUCACCGUAUCUCACAACGGUGUCGCCGACCCUGUCUACGGCGAGCUUGCACUGCUCUUCCUCCUCUCACUCUCAGCAAUUCAAGCGCUUGCCGAGACUAUGGCAGUCGAAGGUGUCCUCUCGCAAAUCAACACAGCGAACUUGAUGAACUACUACCGACGCUCCAACGGCAUGGGACCCUUUGACUCACCAGCGCGCUUGCAUUCCAUCUGGACAAAAGGCAUUCUACCUCUGUGUCUAAACCUUCUCCUCUCCGUUGGACCGCCGAUCGCGGCAGAGAUCUCCUCCUUCCUCAACCAGUUCCCCGAACAGCUCGGCCGCGCAUCAAGCGCUAUCAACUCGAGUGCCUCGUCACGAUCGGCAGCCAAGAAGAUCACACUUUCGGUGGCGAGCGAGACACAUUCGCUCGCAUUGAUAUCCGCGGUCCUCGAGACAGUGCGCAAACAAGGACCGAAGCUAGGCAUUCAAGCCAACGAAGUCGCGUUGCUGGACUGGGACAAAGAGAACGUCAAGGAGGAUAUUGAGAGCUGGCUUAGCAGGAAGAGUGCGCUGAGAGAGCGUGUUGUCGCUAUUGAUGAGCGCGAAGUAGAGAUGUUAGGGAGAAAGAAGGGUGAGGUAAAUGAGUUGGAAGAUCGCGUAUUGGCAGAGCUGGAAGAUGCUGGGAAGUGCUUAGGGUUGGGUAAUGGAAAGAGCGAGGCGAAAUGAACGAUGACGAGAAGCUAGGAAGGCGCCAAGGGGGAACGUGUUGGGCUUCAGGAUAUUCUGAAAAGCGCUGGAGUUCGGACAUGGUUUUUUGAUAUGACG